AUGCCAUUAAUCAUCGCGAGUCGAGAGAAGUGGCCCGAGGCUGUCCACGUCCUUCUAGAGGCUGGAGCAAACAUUUCCGCCCGUUCUGAGAAUGUCGCCAAACUUGAGCACGGUAUGGGAUUUGUCGCCUUUGACAGGAAACGGAGACGUACUCAAAACAGUUGCGGAAAGACUGCCCUUGAAGCUUGGACGGAACCUUGUACUUCGAGCGUGCAGGACUCUGAUGCAUUGCUUGAGAAUAUGGACGCUGUUGCAACACUACUCAUCAGAGCUGGUUGCGAUGUUGAUGUGAGAUCUGCUGAUGGUUCUACGCCUCUUUCCCGUUGGAGUGCACAAAGCCAAGCCCAACCGGGAGCAAUCGAAAGAUUUGUAUCCAUACUACUCGAACAUGGUGCCGAUCCACGAGCGACAGCUGAAGGUGGCCACACUCCGCUUCAUAUGAUGCGUGGCCAUAAAAGGGAGCAUGAAGCCAUCUCGCUGUUGAUAAAUGCGGGAGCUGAUAUCAACGCGGUCAGACGAUGCGACGGAAAGACUCCAUUACUAGCAAUGAUAGCCAAUCCCGUACAAACAAUAGAGGUGCUCAACUUACAACGCUGGGUCGGUUAUGGAGUGGACUUCAACAGAUGCGACAGCGAAGGGAACACUGCGUUACACUAUCUGAUGAGAGAUUCCUGGGGCAAUGAGACAGUUAAUAGAUGGCUCGAUGUUUGCGAUCCACGAGCUGUAAAUGUUCUGGGAGAGACAUGUCUGUUCUCGAUACCCAAGCAAUGGCCGGUGUUCUCAUCCAGGUCACAAGUUAUAGCUAAAGCUGUUGAUGUCGGGCUAGAUCUUGAGGCCAGAAAUAACUUCGGCCGCACUGCUCUGAUGGAAGCAUGCUUUCGAGGCGGCAAUAACCAUGUCUUUCCUUUCAUUGAGAACCAUGCUAAUGCAGCCGCCAGAGACAAUGAUGGGAAAACCUGUCUUCAUCUUCUCCUCGAAAGUCAGUCUCACAACCUUGCUGCACGAUCUAGGGACGCAAAGGAUCUUCUUCAACUUGCGGAGGAUCUAACAUGUGCUGGAGUAGAUCCAACGCUCCCGGACUUCUCCGGUAAUCAUCUCAUCCAUAGUGCUGUCUGGCUGGAGAAAUGCCUUUCUACAAAUAUUGAAUCUGCCUUGGGUUCCCUCGAGGUUGCAGUUCAACUAGGUGCCGAUUGUAAGAGUGUUGAUGAACUAGAUAUCAAGGGCCGUACACCACUGUUUGCGGCCUGCUCUACGGGAAAUCAUGAAGCUGUGAAGUUUCUCCUCGAAAGCGGCGCUAGUGCAUUGAUCAUGGACAAACUUCAGAGAACCCCUCUACAUGCCGCAGCCAAAUAUCAUCAGGGUGGCUUCCUAGCGAAAAGCGAGGAAGAAUUCUACGCAGAAAGGGACAACUCUUCAAAACUUCCACUAGUGUUCUACGAAUGGCGGAAGGGCAACGGCAAUCAGAAAGUCUUUCGACUGUUACAGAUAAUGCUGAGAGAUGAGAAAAGUCAAUAUCAAAUCCAAGACGUCAUUCGCACUCUACUUAGUUCUGGUGUUGAUCCAACUGCGGUGGAUUAUCUGGGUUAUUCGCCUUAUGAUCUUGCUCUCUUGAACCCAAACGGCAAUAUAGCACACCUGCUUCGCCUUCCUCCACAGCUUCCAACACUUGAUGAAAGCGAAAACCAAUCGGCCCACCCAGACACCAUAGCACCGAAAUGGCCAUCGUUAGGAGCCGGAUCUAUAGAAGAAAUCACCAAAUUCCUAUCCGCUGACGAGAUCAUUGAGCAUGGGUACCUAGAGAUGGCCAUUUACUCCAGAAAUGAACCUCUUUUGACUGCCAUUCUAAAAUAUGAGGUUAACCUCAACCAUUUACGGAAAACAGAUGACGAUCUUACCAUUAUCCAUGCUGUUGUCGGCUCAGGAAUGAUUUCGAUGAUGAAGAUAAUAGCACCAUAUAUCAGUGAAAUCAACGAAUUCUAUCCACCAUUACUACAUCACGCCGUUGACCGCGAAGGGCCGAAUCUCGAAAUGCUGAAAUUACUGCUCGAACUUGGAGCUGAUCCGAAUGCAAAGUAUCCCAAGGACUGCGAUCUCGAAAAAUAUCGGAAACGAUGGACAUCUGUGAAAUUCCCCUCAUUGAGGGAGCGCCACAUAGUUCUGCAUAAAGUUUCCCGCGGUUGGUCAUGGUGGUACUCCAAGGCUAUUGAUCUCCUAGCCAAGGCUGGUGUCGACUUGGAAGUCAAAGACUCUAAUGGCGAGACAGCCCUGCAUAUCGCUGUCUCCGACAAAGUCGGAUUCUGGCAAGAUCAGUGCUUAGAAAUGUUAUUAUCCAAAGGAGCGGAUGUCAACGCAAUACACGAAAAGAGUGGCAACACAACAUUGAACAUAGCUCUAAAAAAUCCCAAUGGACUCUACGGGCCCGAAAAGGAGUCUCCUUUACUUACCGUUGCCAAUCAAUGGGCGUUCGAUGGAGGCCCCAACGACGAAGAAGCCUUCUCAAAGCUCAUUACUAUGCUACUAGAAGCAGGCGCGGAUCCUUACGGUGAAGUAUCGUGUUGGGACAUGUCUUCAACCAAAGUUUUUCACGUAUUCUGUCGUAGAAACGCUUUGAUAACUCCAUUCCUCGCUCUUGGAAUAGACUUGGAAGUCAGGGAUCAAAGCGGUCGGACUCCGCUCCACGCUGCGUGUUCCUAUGAAGGUCAUCAACCACAAGGAGGGGCUAAUUGGGUGGCUUUCGAUCUUUUGGAAGGGAAUAUAGAGAUCGACGCUGUAGAUGAGAAGGGAGAUACCCCACUACUUUACAGAGCGCAACUUGACGAAGACUCGAUAGAGAUAUUCUCUGCUCUUCUCGAGAGUGGCGCAUCGGUCAAUAAAGAGAACAAGGAAGGUCGAACGCCGCUUGACUACGUUUUCAACCGGUCGGGAUACGAUGUCGAGAUCGAAAUUGAAUAUCCCAUCAAGGAACUCAUGACCAGAGGUGCAGAUCCGACUAAGGACCUUGGCUGCAACUCCGAAGCGAGAGACGAUGAAGGAAAUACCCCCGUUUUCUACUUCGUUAAGAAUCUCGUCCGACAGCCGAAAUAUGGUGACAAGGCCAUAGAUCCAAGUACUACCCAUUGUAGGAGCUUCUUUGAGAAGUGUGACUUGGAUACAGUGAAUGAGGAUUUAGAUAAUGUUCUCCACGCUCUGGCUAGAUUACCUUCUAGUCACGGGAGUGAUGACGCUCCUUUGCCCCGUCUCUUGAUGGAUAUGGGAGUUGAUCCGAAGCAUGAGAACAAUUUAGGAAUUUCGCCAUUGGAUAUUGCAGCUACAUGCGGAAAGCAGAGUGUUCUAGAUAUGUUUCAAAGGGAGACGCAGUGA